CCUCCACUCCCCUGCUCGGAGUGGACCCCCCAACCCCCUGCUCCGCUGCUGACAUGGGGAAGGGCCUAUGGAUCGUCUGCUUCUGUCUGUGCUUCUCCCCGGCUGCCGCGCGAAUCUGGGCCUGGAUGCUCAAUAUGCCCUACAGCCCCCCGGAGGAGCGCCCUGCCCCCCACGGGGCCGCCGCCACCGCCGCCGCCGCCCCCACCGCGCAGUGUGACCAGGACCGGGCGUGUGGGCGGGGCCGAGCCUGCGACCGCCACUUCGGCCUGUGCGUCCCGCUGCGAGCGGAGGGCCACUACUGUCGCCGUGACGCCCAGUGCGUCCGCGGCCUCAGCUGCAUGUUCGGGAAAUGCCACCGCAGCGUGCCCACGGGGCAGGAAGGCGCCCGCUGCCAGGUGGACCGGGACUGCGGGCCGGCCAUGUGCUGCGCCCGGCACCACGGAGAGAAGGUCUGCAAACGGCGCCUGGUGGGCGGCGAGAGCUGCUACGUCCCCGUCGGCGGCCUGGCCUUCAGCAUCAACCAGAUAUGCCCCUGCGACGAAGGCCUGCUAUGUCGGGGAAACGGCGCCCCCCGGUGGAAAGAGUGA